AGGAGCUUUGAAGGGGUCGCGAGGGGCUGCGAGGGGCUUUGGUGGACCGUGAGGGGUCUGAGAGACCUUGAGGGGCUGCUUUGAGGGGUGUGAGAGACCUUAAGGGGCCGCGAAGAGCUCUGAGGGGGUCGUGAGGAGCUUUGGGAGGUCUGAGAGACCUCGAGGGUUUGUGAGGGGCUUUGAGGGAUUUUCAAAGGGUCUGAGGGGCCGCGGCGAUGGUGGAGAAGGACGAGUCCGGCCCCGGCGGCAUCAGCGAGGAGGAGGCGGCUCAGUACGACCGGCAGAUCCGCCUCUGGGGGCUCGAGGCCCAGAAACGGUUGCGGGCGUCGCGGGUGCUGCUGGUGGGGCUGCGGGGGCUGGGGGCCGAGGUGGCCAAAAACCUCAUCCUGGCCGGGGUCAGGGGGCUCACCCUGCUGGACCAUCGACAGGUAUCCCCGGAGGACACUGGUGCCCAGUUCCUGAUCCCGGCGGGCUCGGAGGGCCGGAACCGUGCGGAGGCGUCGCUGGAGCGGGCGCAGAGCCUCAAUCCCAUGGUGGAGGUCAAGGCCGACCCCGAGAGCGUCGACUCCAAACCCCAGGAGUUCUUCACCCAGUUUGACGCGGUGUGCCUGACCGGCUGCUCCCGGGAAUCCAUGGUGAGGAUCGACCAGAUCUGCCACAAGAGCGGCGUCAAGUUCUUCGCCGGCGACGUUUUCGGCUACCACGGCUUCAUGUUCGCCGACCUGGGCCACCACGAGUUCGUGGAGGAGAAGCCCAAGGUGGCCAAGGGCAGUUCGGGGGUGGAGGACGGGCCCGAGGCCAAGCGGGCCAGGGUGGAGCCGGCUGAGACCACCAUGGUCAAAAAGCGCCUGGAAUUCUGCUCCCUGCGGGAAGCCCUGGCCGUGGAGUGGCGUGGGGAGAAGGCGGCGGCCGCGCUGCGACGGACGGCGCCCGACUACUUCCUGCUCCAAGUUCUGCUGCGGUUCCGCUCGGAGCAGGGUCGGGAUCCGUGUCCCGGCAGCGGAUCCGAGGAUUCCCAGCGGCUCCUGCGGCUGCGCCGGGAGGUGCUGGAGUCGAUGGGGGUGGGGCCCCACCUGCUGCCCGACACCUUCCACAG